AGUGCGAAUUUACUUCGCGGGGAAGGAGAUUGUUCAGCAGGUGUGUGUGUGUUGGUGAACAAUAAAAAAGUGAAUUAGCUGUCCAGUGCUUAAGAUUGCGACUGAGAAUCCAACAAACCGGUCAGGUGGAAGGUUGCUGCUGGAAUACAAACUACCGACAGAGGCGGAAAUCGGGCAUAGUGCUGCUCCGACUCUCGAACGCAUAAGACAAAAGAAUUCUUACACUGGCUCCCUCUUGAAUCGCCAAGACGACUGCCUAGGCUCUUUUCCCGCGAAAAACCUCUUAAAUUCCCGCGCAGAAAUGAGUGCGAAAAUUGUGCAAAUCUGUGCUUUCCUGCUUCUGACUCCUGCAAUCCUUGGACGACCGCAGGAUUUGUUCACAUUUAAGGAUGGCAAAGUUGGCGUAAACUUUGGCGGAUACCAUGCCGCAGCUUCCCUUGGGGGUCUCUUGACGGGCAAUGCAGCCCAUGGAGGACUCUCAGCAUCUGCAGGGACACCGUAUGGCCAGCAAGCGGGUGCCGGAUUGGGCGGAAGUGUUGAUGGGCGGACCGCUGGUGGUUUGUUCGCGGGAGCAUCAGCCGGCGGUGGUGUUGGUGCCAGUGCAGCCCUGGCGGGAAAUGUUGGAGCCGAGGGUGGUGCCGCUGGGGGAUCAAUUGCCGAAGCCCAUGCUGGUGGGGUGCAGAAGAGUGUGGUGAAGGUGUCAGAAGCCCAACCGCCGCAAGUUGCCGUCGUGGAGACACCCGUGGUGGUGCAGCAACAGCAGCCGGGCUUUAGCGUGUCGAAAACCAUCGUAGCCGGAGCAGGAUUGCACCCAGCCCCACAACCAAGUUACACCUACACAAAUACCCUCGUUGGCAAUGGAGGGGUUGAUAACAUUCCCCAAACUGACACAGUGGUGUACCAGAAGGUUAAGACCAAGAAGAAGUUCCACACAAGGCCAGCCGUUGUGCAACCCGUUGUGCAACAGGCACCGGCGGCAGGUGUUGGAAUUGAUUAUCGCAAAUUCCUCGACUUUAACUUCUUCGCCAACACUGCUGCUGGAUUCGGUGGGGCGGCUGUAGCUCAGCCACAGGUCGUUGUUGCAAAUCACCACCACCAUCGUCGCCUGAAGCCGCACCACCACCACAAGAGGAUCCAGUAUGUGGUGCAGCAGCCGGCGGUUGUGCAGCAGCAGCCAGUGGUGGUACAGCAGCCAGCGGUGGUGCAGCAACCAGCAGUAGUCCAGCAACCCGCCCCGGUGGUUCAUGUCCACAAGAGUGUCUACGUGCCACCCCCACCCACUGUUCAGAUACACAAAACAAUCCAUGCUGCUCCGGCCGUCGUCAAGCACCCGGUCGUGAUUACGAGACCACAGAGCUCAGAAGAGAGCAGCGAGAGCCUAAGCAGUGGAAGCUUUGAGAGUCAUGAGUUGGGACACAAAACGAAAAUCGUUUCCUACACAUCAGGAGUUCACGGGCAUGGUGGUGGUACCUUGUUCGAUGGAAUCUUCAGGAUUCCCAUCGCCACAUUGGGUGCAGUGAAUGACUUCUUGAAUGCCAAGGCGGCAGGAGGUGGAGUGGGCUUCCAAAAAACUGUCACCAUUGCAAAGGUGUAAUUUUCCACAUCACAGAAGAAAACCACCGUCAAUCGUGACUUUCCUCCUCUCCAUACUCGCUCUCUUUGAGCUUUCUAUAUAUUCGAGCUUUCUGUGAGCUUCUGCAUUGGGCAGCAUUAUGUGUACUUCUCUACAGGAUUGCAAGGAAAAUUUUGUAAGAUAACAAGUACAUUUUUUUCGUAUAAGGAUUAGAUUGUGAAAUGUAUUUUUUAGUGAUGUAUUUUUGAUUAAAUGAACUCAACACAGCACUCAAUUGAA